GGCUGGGCUGAUCCGAACUGCGAGACACCCAGAAAGUCACAGCGAGUGGCGUUUCUGCUCUCCCUCUUUGGUGGUGUCCUAGGCCUGGACCAGCUGUAUCUGGGUUUCUUCUUCCCCUACGGUCUUCUCAAGCUUCUAUCUCUUGGCGGCCUUGGCAUCUGGUGGAUCUACGACUUAGUGCGGAUCGGCACCAGCCCGGUCGAUACAGCACGCAGCUUCAAGGUGGCCAGAAAUGUGCCGCACUGGGCGUUUGUACUGUCCGCGACGAUUUUCUUUGUCGCCCUGGCUUUCGUCUACAGUGCUUUCUCCAUUCGCCGACAUCGGGUGCGAAAGCAGAGAGAGGUCAUGCUGCUUCAAUCAGAGGGUGCUGCAAUCGAGUCGCGACGACAAUAUUCAGGCUAUGGCUCAACGCUGAGCUGUCGGGGAGAUUGGGGCCAGGCGAAGGUGAAAUGCGAGUUUCCUGAGGCCGCUGAGGCGGGUGCGGAGCUCCUGGAGGUCUCUGCAGAGACCGUCGAGCUCGAGCCGGAGCUGGAGGCCUCUCUGUUGCACAAAAAGAGCAUCUCAGUGGACGUUGUGGCCGCGAGGGGCGCGCUUUGGGGGGAGCCCCAGGCUUCGAGCCUGAGGAUGAAGGCCAGCCCCUUCUUGAGCAAGGCUCGGCAGGCCAUCGUCGAAGAGGCGAAGCUGGUGACGGAUGACGUUCGCGACAUUGCUGGCGGUGUCCGCGAGGGUAUGCAGCUCACGAAGCAGGAUCUGCAAGCUCAAACCAAGAACUGGCGGAGUGCCAUCGGAGCUCGCUGGCGGAGCUUUGGUCAGGAGAAAGAGGAACGUAAGGGAUAUCCUCCAGAGACCAAAGAAGCGGAUGGUACAGGGGAGAGUCCUGCAAGUGGCCUUCAGGCAGUGCGCCAAAAUAUUGCAAUGACAGCAGACGUCUCCAAAGACAUGUGGAGAGAUGUCAAGGAGCUGAAGCAGGAGGUCAUGAGCGAGGUUCGGCACAGCGUCCAUGACCUUCGGCAAGUCGGCAAGCAGGUCUUCGGUGGCACAGAGGCGACCGCGGAGAGAGAUGCGAAGCCUCUGGACGAUGACGAAGAUGCACACGACGCUGGUGAGGCUUCGGACUCCAAGGAGGGACGGAGCCCCCGGGGUCUGGGCAAAGUGAAGACGGCAGUGUUCCGCAAAGCCGGAGACCUGCGAGAGGGUCUCAGAAAUCGGUUGCAAGAGGAGCCCAAGGAAGAGGCCUUCUGGAUGUUGCCCUCAACCAGGGCCAACUAUGCAGAUCUCUCCGCACCAAAUUCCCACGAGGCCGUGAAUCGCAUGCGAUCCCUCGGUGGCAAGUUGAAGGGAAGCCUGGCGCGAAAAGGCCGCGAAGUGUCUUCUGGCGUAGUGAGCAUAGCGCAGGGCGUCCGUCAAAAGGGACAGUCCUUGAAGGAGGCAGUCGGUACAGGUCUCCCGGCUCCGCAGAAAAGUGAUUCGGAUGCUCUGGAUGAUGCGAACUUGGGCGAUUCCAUCUUUGCCAUCGGCUCCGACGAGGAAGAUGCCUGGUCAGAUGGCGAUGACUUUUGGGACCGGCCGUCGGAUUCCGAGACGGCCGCUUCUGCUGCAGGCCCCUCUUUGGAGGGAUCCGAGGCCGCCCGGGAAGGCCCUGCAGAGGCAGAGCCGAAGUAG